AAACUCGUUGCAUAUGAUUCUCGAGGUUUUCUUUUUUUUUUUUCUUCUCUUGAUUGGCCUUUAUUGCUUGCGUUUGAGAUUUUAGGAAGGGAGCAGACUGUUAGUUGAAGAGGUGUUGACCUCAAGAGAGCAAGAAGAUCCAAAGGUUUAGGUUUGCUUGCUUCCGAUUCGCCCAUAAAUAGCCGGGCUUGUGCACCAUCUUGCCACACUCCCAAGUUUGAGCUCUUCCUUCCCCCAUACAUAACGAUGGCCUCCCUCCGUCCCUCUCCUUGUGCCCUGCUAUUCCUCUUCUUCAUCGCCAUGGCUUCUGCUCAGCUGUCCCCUACUUUCUACAACACCUCGUGCCCUGAUGCUCUGAGCACCAUUCAAUCUGUCGUGGCCACCGCUGUUGCCAAUGAGAGUCGCAUGGGAGCCUCGUUGCUCCGCCUGCAUUUCCACGACUGCUUCGUUAAUGGUUGCGAUGGAUCGGUCCUGUUGGAUGACACGGCCAACUUCACGGGAGAGAAGAAUGCAUUCCCCAACCUAAACUCCAUAAGAGGUUUCGACGUGGUCGACAGCAUCAAAUCCCAGGUCGAGGCCAUCUGCGAGCAAGUCGUCUCCUGUGCUGACAUCCUUGCGGUGGCAGCUCGAGACUCCGUCGUCGCCCUCGGUGGACCUUCGUAUACAGUUCAAUUAGGAAGAAGAGACGCGACGACAGCGAGCCGCAGCGCGGCUAACAGUAAUCUUCCGCCGCCGACAUUAAGCCUCAGUGGUCUACUGUCAUCUUUCUCCAGUAAAGGCCUCAGUUCCACCGACAUGGUUGCACUCUCAGGGGCGCAUACAAUAGGGAGCGCAAAGUGCAGUUCAUACCGCAACAGGAUCUACAACGAGGCCAAUAUCAACGCCUCGUUCGCCAACUCCACGCAGGCCAACUGCCCGAGCUCCGGCGGCUACAACAACCUGUCGCCUCUCGAUGCCGUGACCCCCACAGUCUUCGACAACUCCUACUUCCAGAAUCUGGUGAGCAAGAAGGGCCUGCUGCACUCGGACCAGCAGCUCUACAAUGGAGGAUCCACCGAUUCCCUGGUCACCACCUAUUCCGAAGACACGGACGCCUUCUUCAGCGACUUCGCUACCGCCAUGGUGAACAUGGGGAACAUUAGUCCUCUCACCGGCACCGACGGCGAGAUUAGGCUCAACUGCAGGAAGAUCAACUGAGGACACUGCAACAACACGUACAAG